AUGAUGAUUGAGUCGGUGACUCUUCGUUCCUUUCCUCUUCCUCUACACUUUAACGAUACCAACUGCAACGCUAAGUUCGCCGCAACGUCAACUCCAUCUUCUCCGGCGAGAUCCUUCCCGGUGGUUCGGUGUUUUUCCACCAGAGACGUUCCCAAGCUUGAACUCUUCAGCCGCGGAAAAUUCGACCGGAUUCUUCAAGAUCCGCCAUUAAUCGAAAAGGCCGAGACCGAACUGUCAGAUUACUGUUCGACGCUCGAAGGUGAUGACUCUUACAGUUGCUGGAGAGCUUACUUUGAACUCAAAGACCUCGAAAAAGAGAAGCCAAAGGUGGAGGUGGAGAAUCUAAUCUUGCAAACAGGAGGUAUAAAAUCGUUAAUCGGGUGUUUACAUGGAGUUGCUUCAAUGGACAAGGAUAACAAAACCAAGAAUGGUUUAGAGGUAGCAAAGCAAUCCGAUGGAGAGAAAACGAUGAAACUACAUGUUCAUAUUCCAGAUGGUUUACCAAAAUCUCAAGAAGAAUUGGAUGAAGAAGAGAAGUCGAGAAUGCCGGAUUCUGCUUUCACUAUAUUGCUCAGAACAAUGGGAACUAUCCCUGCUUGGUUCUCUCACGUACCUGACCACGAAACAGACUGA